CUGUGAACUACUGAGAAAAGAUUGAGAAGAUGGCAAUGUUGGUGUUUUUAGCAGCUCUUCUCUCUGCUGUUCUUAUGAGUGGAUGCACUCAGAAUGUAAACAUGUCAGUCGACUGUUCUGACUUUUAUUACUCAGGACAAACAGUCAGUGGGAUUUACUCCAUCUAUCCAGCAGGAUACAUUCCCGUCUCAGUUUACUGUGAGAUGAUCUCAGGUGGGAAAGAUCAAGACAACGGAGCAUGGACGGUGUUUCAGAGGAGAAUGGACGGCACUGUGAAUUUCUAUCAGCCGUGGAAUCAGUACAAGAGAGGAUUUGGGAAUGUGGAGGGAGAAUACUGGCUGGGGCUGGAGAACAUGUACCAGCUGACACGUAAGAACAAGUACAUGCUGAGAGUGGAUCUGGAGGACUUUCAUGGAAAUAAAGCUUUUGCUCUGUACUCGUCCUUCUCUGUGGGUCCUGAAGCUGAUGGAUAUAAACUACAUGUUUCAGGAUUCAUUGAUGGAGGAGCAGGCGACUCUUUAUCUUUCCAUAAUGGACAGAAGUUCUCCACCUUUGAAAAUGACCAAGAUGACUCUGGAGAUAACUGUGCCAAAAAGCAUCUCGGGGGAUUUUGGUACAAAGACUGUUAUGGUACAAACCCCAAUGGUAUAUAUUUAUGGGGUGAAGAUGACAUCCUUGAUCACAUUGGAAAUGUUUGGAAAACAUGGAAGGGUUUUAAUGUCGGUAUGAAAUCCAUCAGCAUGAAGAUCAAACGUGUGUCUUAGAAACACUGUACGUAG